GGCGACAGCGACGGCUGCCGGUCGGUGGAGACGAGCUCUCCCUUCAGCCUCGCCCCUCUCUGCCCGGCCCUGAAGGGGCCGAGAGGACUCGGCGGCGGCCCUUCCGCUCGGCCCUCUCCGUCAGCCGGUUGGAGCUGCAGCGAUCUGGAAGAGGUCUCUGGACUGUAGUGGCAGCGGCGGCUCCAUCAUGUCCGCGGGCGGAGACUUCGGGAAUCCGCUGAGGAAAUUCAAGCUGGUGUUCCUGGGGGAGCAGAGCGUUGGAAAGACAUCCUUGAUCACCAGAUUCAUGUAUGACAGUUUUGACAACACCUAUCAGGCAACAAUUGGCAUUGACUUCUUAUCAAAAACAAUGUACUUGGAGGAUCGAACAGUGCGAUUGCAAUUAUGGGACACAGCAGGUCAAGAGCGAUUCAGGAGCUUGAUUCCUAGCUACAUUCGUGACUCCACUGUGGCAGUUGUUGUUUAUGAUAUCACAAAUGUUAACUCAUUCCAGCAAACUACAAAAUGGAUUGAUGAUGUCAGAACAGAAAGAGGAAGUGAUGUCAUCAUCAUGCUAGUAGGAAAUAAAACAGAUCUUGCUGAUAAGAGGCAAGUGUCCAUUGAGGAGGGAGAGAGGAAAGCCAAAGAGCUGAAUGUUAUGUUUAUUGAAACCAGUGCAAAGGCAGGCUACAAUGUAAAGCAGCUUUUCCGACGUGUUGCUGCAGCUUUACCUGGAAUGGAAAGCACACAGGACAGAAGCAGAGAAGACAUGAUUGACAUAAAACUGGAAAAACCUCAGGAGCAACCAGUCAGCGAAGGAGGCUGUUCCUGCUAAUCUCCCCUGGCAUCUUCAACCCUUCUGCGGAAGCUCACUGCUUUGGCCCCAUAUUCUUUCAUUGACUGCAGUGUGAAUAUUGGCUUGACCUUUUCCCUUCAGUAAUAACGUAUUGCAAUUCAUCAUUGCUGCCUGUUUCGUGGAGAUGAUAUAUUAGCUUCACAAGCACAAAAAGUCAGUGUCUUCAUUAUUUAUAUUUUUAAUAAGCCAAACAAUUCCAGCAUACUCGUGAUAACCUUGAGGAUCAGAUACAUUUUCUUAACAUUUUUCCCUUUUUAAUGUUAUGAUAAUGUACAAUAAGAUGAUGAAAAUCUCAGCAGUGUGUGUGGCUUGUUAAAGAGCUGUGUGUUCACAGCAGCAUUUGCCUGCCUUGCUGUCCCCAGCUUUUCUUGCCUUCUCCUUCUCCCCUUCCCUGUUCUUACCCUACCCCCAAACAGAGACAGCAAGCAGCAGUACAACCAAGCCCUUUGGAAUUAUCCUUAGUUUUACAGAUACCAUUAGCUCCUGGCCACGAGCCACAAUGUCCAAAAUUAUUUUUGAGCUCUGGUAUAAAUUACUUAGACCUUUUUUGAGGCCUGAACCCAGCUGUUGCUAUCAUGAUGGCAGUGCUUGAAUGAGGAAAGGGUUCUCUUGUAUCUUCAGCCUAGUGAAUUUGCUGAGUGCUUACAGUAAAGGGAUGUAAAAUGUAUUUCUGACCAGAACAGAUGAUCCUUUCACAUGAGCUUUACCUGACUCUGGGAGAGAAAAGUAGCCAAGUACUUCAAAACCAUUCUUUAGUAUUUGUUCAGUCGUGGUGAAAUUAUAAAAGUUCUAACAGUUCUCCACAAAUUUUUUUAGUUGUCAAAAUAAUUGUCUUU